GCUAUCCAUGUAAACCUUGUGCGCAAGGUACAGGUCGCAAUUUUCAAGAUAAUUGGAUGUAAUUUGGCCCGAAUAGGGCCUUUAGACCCAUAAUUUGUAAUGGUCGGGCCUCAUUUGACCCAAGCCUCCAUUCAAACUUUCUUCAGAAAUGACACUUAUUAAUUCUACAUAAAUAACUUUGAAUUAGACGUGAAUUCCUCUACCAACAUUUAUAAGGAGCCCUCUUGUAAAAAUUUCUUUUUUUGCCAAAAUAAAAAACUAAAAAUAUUCCGAGGAGAAAGUUAAAAAACAAAUCAUAUGCUUUAUUUUUUUUUUUUUAAAUAAUCUCCAACUUGUGUCAGUUGUGAUGGUUUCCAAAGUGUUCUAACUUUCCAAUUUCCAAAUUAUAUCCAUUUAUUUCAUAAGUUGACAUCCGUUGAUCAGUUUGAUUGUUAUUGUUGUUUGUUGUGGUUUCAGUAAUCAAGUACUUUAAAGUGGCAAGCUGAUUGGGUUAAGACAAUCGAUCCUAGUGCCAGUUGCCCGACGCGGAGCAAUGGUCUAGAUCUGAAGGUUAUACCUCCUAAGAUCGCUCGCCAGAGUCCCGCUUGCAUUAACAGGAACACAAAGUUCUUCCAAGCUCAGUGGUUGAAAAGGAUUAGUUGUGUAAUCGCUUCAUUAAAAAUUAAAAUGAAAUGUUUCAAUUAAUUCAAAUGUUUCAUUUAGGCUAAUAAAAAUAAUUAUUUCAAUAGUAACGGUAAUUUUCAAACUAAAUGCCACUAUGUCUAUUUAUUUUAUUCAAAUAGAAACAGCUGUUUAUGAAUGAAUAAAUCUGGUAGCUUUGUUUUACUGUUUGUUUUUGUUCUAUUAAAUAUUAUAAAUUUUAUAACACAUGCCUUUCCGUAAACAAAUACAAAUUUAUGUUAUUUAGUAAUUACGCAGCUUCUGCUAAACCAGCUGUAAUCAGCUUAUAAACCAUUUAUUUGUUAAUGGUUUAAAUUUAUUAUUUAUUUAUUUACAUUCCAUUUCUAUCAGAAAUUUUAAGUGCCUUUAAAUAGUUAAUUAAUUAACAAUGAAAAGUUGUUGGUGUAAAAGAAAAAGUUCAACUUCUAAAGAUGAUGAUUUGGGCAAAUGUUCGAGCGAUGAAUUAAAUGGUGAUUAUACAUAUUGGGAAUUGAGUGGAGAAACGAAAUCGAAUGAACAGGAUUCUUCAAAAUUACGAAUGUGGUUAACGAUAAGUGCUCAGAAGCGUUAUUUAGAAAUAUCUUGGAAAAAUGCCCCAGCACAUGAAGAUGAUCGUAUAAUUUUGACUUCCGAAGAGCCGGUUAGUUUUCAAAAACUCAAAUGGAUACCAACAGAGCAACCGCCCAUGGCAGAAUUUAAAACAACAGAAUCGAACAAAAUAGAUGAGCAAGAGGGCAGUGGUGAUGAUUUUAAACAAAAUCCUAUCACUACCACCACCACCGAGUCACCCUAUAAAGCUAAAGAUAUCCACUAUUGGAUAUCGAAUAAUGGUACUAAUCCCAUAGUAGCAGCUUUAGUACCCAGCGCCUCCUCAAUGUGGUUUACAACUGGUGUUCCUUUUGAUUACAACCUCUCUCGUAAUGUAACCUAUGAGACUACCUCGUAUGGUUAUUGGGCCUCAUAUGUACGUGGCAGUGAUGGUGCUAUAUUAGCGUCUACAAGUCUGCGCGCCUAUCCCAAAUGGAUGAAUGAAAUGCGUUCCAUUGUAGGUGGUUUACGUUUUCGUGAUCUCUUUAUACCCGGUAGUCAUGAUUCCGGUUCAUAUCGUGUAAAUUUUGAUCCUUUGGCCAAAGAAACUUUAGUAACCAAAUAUUCUUUAACACAAGAUGAUGAUAUAUUGGGCCAGUUAAUGCAUGGUAUUCGUUAUUUGGAUAUACGUGUUGGUUAUUAUCGUAAUACUCCUGAAUUAUUUUUUAUUAAUCACGGAAUAACGAGACAGAGACCCUUAAUUGAUGUGAUAGAUGAAGUGAAGGAGUUUGUGGAGAAAACCAAUGAAAUUGUUAUAUUUGGUUUAAAGGAAUUUCCAAUCGGUUUUGGCAAAAAUUUAACGGUUCAUCACAAACUGGUAGGUUUUUUGAAAAAUCAUUUUGGAGACUUAAUAGUACAUCCAUCGAUCACAUGGCGAGGAACAUUGAAUGAUAUUUGGUUGCGUAAACAAAAUGUUAUACUGGCAUACGAUCUAUAUUCCGUAGUUAAUAUAUAUCCACAUUUACUAUUUGGUUCUGUAGAACAGAGAUGGGGUAAUGUGCAGACUUGGUCAAAUUUGGAGCGUUACUUAAGGACUAUAAAUGGUCAAGAUAUAUCUCGCCUUUCCAGCCGUCCUGUAGCCGAUAUGGCAGAACUAACACCCAAAACAUGGGAUGUUAUAGUCAAUAAAUAUGGUGGUUUACGUAAAAUGGCCGAUCGUAUUAAUUGGCGUGUCUCACAAUUGUAUAUGAAUGAAUUGGGCGAUAAUGCCAAUAUAGUAGCGGUGGACUUUUAUCGUGGCACCACAAUUGUGGAAACAGCUUUAGAUUAUAAUAGAAGAAAAGUUAUAUUUUAGUUAGUGAAAGAAAAUUAAAUUAAUGCAUUUAUAAACAUAUGCCACAAAUUGCUUUAAAACUAAAUUUUAUUAUAUAAUUUUUAAUUUUAAUUAGAAUUUAUAAAUGUAAAUAUAUUUUUUUUAAAUUAAGAUGUACUACUUCAAAAAUGAAAUGUGUAAUUAAUAACAAAAUUUUACUUGCAAUAUAUUUAUACCCUACACCACUAUAGUGGGGAGGAUAUUAUACGUUUGUGCUGAUGUUUGUAACAUACAAAAAUAUUGCUCCAAUACCCACCUUAAAGU